GAGAGAGAGAGAGCUGUAAACACAGGGGGCGUCUUACGUUCAACUGGGACAAUAAAGCGCUUUCUGUAUCAAUGCACUAACCAUGAACUUACGCGAUAUGACUGUGAUAAAACUGCUUUGCCUAUUGUGCGCUCUGAAAUCCAGUCAAGGUUACUAUGGCAACCCUCUGAACAAAUACAUUCGGCACUAUGAGGGACUGUCCUACGACACAGACUUGGUGCACAACAGACACCAGAUAGCCAAGCGAGCAAUCUCGCAUGAGGACCGCUUCCUUCACCUGGAGUUCCACGCUCACGGAAGGCAUUUUAACUUAAGGAUGAGGAGGGACACGAGACUGUUCUCAGAGGAUUUUAAGCUGGACGUGUCUGGAGAAGAAGUGGACUAUGACACAUCACAUAUCUAUACUGGAGAGAUCUAUGGCGAGCAGGGCAGCGUAACUCACGGUUCUAUUGUCGAUGGUAAGUUUGAGGGCUUUAUUAAUACACACCAUGGGACUUACUAUGUGGAGCCUGCUGAGCGCUACUUGGGGGACAAAAAUGUGCCAUUCCACUCCGUCAUCUACCAUGAAGAUGACAUUGAUUAUCCUCAUAAGUACGGGCCUCAGGGUGGCUGUGCAGACCACUCAGUGUUUCAGAGGAUGAAGAAAUAUCAGGCCUCUGCUGUGGAAGAGUCUGUCAAGGAUGCAGAAGUGGGAUCAGAGAAGGAGUCAUCUGAUGACCAUGUGUUACAAAGGAAAAAGAGGAUGGCGCAGGUGGAAAAAAAUACCUGCCAGCUCUUCAUCCAGACUGACCACCUCUUCUUCAAAUACUACAAAACAAGAGAGGCUGUCAUUGCUCAGAUUUCCAGCCAUGUUAAGGCGAUUGAUGCAAUCUACCAGGGUACAGAUUUCCUGGGUAUCCGCAACAUUAGUUUCAUGGUGAAGAGAAUUAGGAUCAACACAACUAGUGACGAGCGGGACAGGUCCAACCCUUUCCGUUUUGCUAAUAUCGGUGUGGAGAAGUUUCUGGAGCUGAACUCUGAGCAGAACCAUGAUGAUUAUUGUCUAGCCUAUGUCUUCACUGACAGAGAUUUCGACGAUGGUGUGUUGGGACUGGCCUGGGUGGGAGCACCUUCAGGGAGCUCUGGUGGUAUCUGUGAAAAGAGUAAGCUGUAUUCUGAUGGGAAGAGGAAGUCACUGAACACUGGGAUUAUAACAGUGCAGAACUAUGCAUCUCACGUGCCUCCAAAGGUCUCCCAUAUCACCUUCGCCCAUGAAGUGGGACACAACUUCGGCUCUCCACAUGAUUCAGGCUCUGAAUGCACUCCAGGCGAGUCAAAGAGCCAGGAUAAGAAAGAGAAAGGCAACUACAUAAUGUAUGCUAGAGCCACAUCAGGAGACAAGCUUAACAACAACAAGUUCUCGGUGUGCAGUAUUCGCAACAUCAGCCAAGUGCUGGAGAAGAAACGGGGCAACUGCUUUGUGGAGUCUGGCCAACCAAUCUGUGGUAACGGCCUGGUAGAGCCAGGAGAGGAGUGUGACUGUGGAUACAAUGACCAGUGCAAAGAUCAGUGCUGCUAUGACGCUAACCAGCCAGACAACAAGAAGUGCAAACUUAAACCUAAUAAAGUCUGCAGUCCCAGCCAAGGUCCAUGCUGCACCUCCGAGUGCACGUACAAGAGCCGGAACGAGAAGUGUCGUGAGGAGUCGGAGUGUGCCCAUCAGGGCAUGUGUAAUGGAGCCUCAGCCCAGUGCCCCACCUCUGAGCCCAAAGCCAACUUCACUGCCUGCCAUGGAGAAACUCAAGUCUGCCUUAACGGGGGCUGUUCUGGUUCUAUCUGUGAGAAAUAUGGGCUGGAGGUGUGUACCUGUGCUAGUGGGGACGGCAAGGAUGAGACAGAACUCUGCCAUGUUUGCUGCAUGGAGAAAAUGAACCCCAGCACAUGCAGCAGUACAGGCUCGGAGCGCCUGGCCCAGUUCUUCAAUAGGAAGGUGACCACGCUUCAGGCUGGCUCUCCCUGCAACGACUUCAAAGGCUACUGUGAUGUGUUCAUGAAGUGCAGGCUGGUGGAUGCCGAUGGGCCACUGGCCAGACUGAAGAAAGCCAUCUUCAACCCUGAGCUUUAUGAGAACAUUGCUGAAUGGAUAGUGGCUUACUGGUGGGCAGUGCUGCUGAUGGGUAUUGCCUUGAUUAUGCUGAUGGCUGGAUUCAUCAAGAUUUGCAGUGUGCACACACCCAGUAGUAACCCCAAACUACCACCACCUAAACCUCUACCAGGCACACUAAAGAGGAGACGAGCCCAACAUGCUAGCCAGCAGCAGCAGCAUCAGCAUCAUCACCAUCACCACCACAACCAGAACCAGCACCCUCAUGCACAUGGCCAUCAGAACCAGCGUCCGUCCCAGCGCCAGCCUCAGCCCCCACGCCACCACCGCCAGCCACGCGAGAAUUAUCAGAUGGGCCAGAUGAGACGCUGAGAGCCCGGAUGCCCCCCAUAGCACCACUACCACACCCUGCCAGUGCCUGCCUACAUUGGGAUAACGGUCACUACAGUCACUACACUACACUGCUUCACAGCCAGAUGCAGAGGAUACUAAUCCCACCUUGCCUGGAAAACACUAAAUCAUUUCCAGCUGUCAAGAAUUCCAAAAUUCAUAACUAUGUGCUGUUCUACAACUCCAGUUUGGUUUAAUCAGGACUUGUUACGUGUGGCCGUAGAGCAAGGCAUUACUCCAAAGAGUCCAACUGGACCAGCACAUGAAAUCCUCACUACACUCCCAGUUUUUCACUGCAUCAACGAGGACCGAUUUUAACAGCUACACACUAUAAAAUGUGCAGUAUGUGACAACACGAGCAGGUUUUUUUUAAAGCAGCCUUUGUCAAAAGUCAUACACUAAAACAGGAAUCGUUUACAAUAAUACGUCCAGCUCUCCGUAGAGGAUAUCUGGGCUAGUCCAUUAUGCUUCCGUUCAUUCCAGUCUUUAUACUGAGCCACUCGAACAUAGUGAAGAACAUCUCUGCGCCGUUUAGCAGAAGUGAGCUCAAACCACGUGGACAUUUCGGGUCUCUCUUUGUCAAAUCUCAGCACAGGAAGACAAUGAAAAACAUCUCGAACCUUUGCUUCAUUCCCUUGAAAAAAAAAAUUACAUAAACAGCACACAAAAUCAAGACUUUUCCGUUCUGAAGUUAUAUAUACAUAUAUAUAUAUAUUUUUUUUUUUUUUCCUCUUUUCUCAUUCCCUUUCACAGUUGGCAUAUUGAAAGAGUGCCAAGGUUUAAGAGACCAGGCACAGAUUAUUCAUCCACUGUUGUUUCAGUUGUGAUUCUCUUUCAAACCCUCAGAUAACAUGGUUUGAGAUGAAAGCAUCUAUUUAUUCUUAUGAUCAAGCAAAAGAUCAAGGCUGUUAUUUUCACAAUGCAGCAAAUGCAUACUGCACCGUUGUACAGAUUACAACUGUAUAGAGAAAAGAGAUUUGUAUUAUAUGUGAGAAAUAUUUCUUCUACUGCUCAGAGCAGAAAUAAGUUGUCGCUUUGAUCAAUAUUUCUCAGGACUUGGACAGAAAUAAAGGCACUGUACAGAUGAUUGAGGAUGGAGGGAUUUGCCAUUUGCAGGAGGAUAAGAGCAGGUAUACAUGAAGUCGAGUAGAUUGUUCCAUGUGACUCUGUACUUUUUUUUUUUUUUUUUUUUUUUUUUAAAUCACUUAUCCAGUGUUUGUUUGGUGGAGCGGUGCACAUAUCCUCUACAAAUCUCUAGUGUGAAGAAACAGUAUCCUCAUGUUUCCACUAUUUUCUCACCUUUUGUCACCUCAGAUUUCACUUGGUGUCCUAAUCCGGAAGAUUAAUCUGCACAGCUAGUGAAUACGUGUAUUUGAACGUGCAUGCUGCAAGUGCUCUAGGAGAGACCUCAGUCCAGCUAAGCUAAAUGUGUACAUUAAUAUGAAAGGUACGUGGUUAGGAUUUGAUUAUCCGUUUACAGUCUACAUGUAAGGACCAUAAUUAGUUUAUUCAUUGGGAAGAACAGUUGCAUUUACAGGUGAUUAACUUUUGCUAAUGGAGACACUUGUCGAGCCUCUGUGGAUUAGCCAGUGUCUUUAUGAAAUACCAGCAGCUACAAGUAGUCAUGCUGAUCUUACCUUUAGCCUUGCUUAAACCAUGUCAAAUUAAAGCAAAUCCACUGUUCAUAUUACAAUUUAAUAAGUAGGAAUACUCAGUACUUUACUCAGCAAGAAACAAACAAAAGCAGUUUAAAGAUUAAAACAUUCCAAAUUAUUGCCUGAACUUAUUAGGGGAGGAAAUAUUUCUGCUUAAAUCUGUAUAAAUUUAAUGAUCCGAUUGUUUAACGAUAUGAUGUAAUCGGUAUUCAAAAGUCUAGAGCUAACACUGAUAUUCAUAGCACAGUUUACUUAAAUUGUAAGUUUUCUUAAUCUAAUUAAAUUCUUCAUGGGAAAUGUUUGCCUUGCCAUAAUUGGUUUAUUUGUGUUAUACUUUUAACAAAAUAAAGACCAUUUAAAUUAACUAAGCAAACAUUUUCCCUUCACUACUUGACUCUUUAAAACUAGAGUUUACAGUAGCAUUUCUGAAUAACAUAUACUAAAUGAUUUAGUUAUGAAAUGCUAUCAUGAUGGUGAGGUGAGAUGUCAAGGCCUCGUGUAUCACCAACAUUUCCGCCAACCCAGCACCGACAUAAAGGUGCACCGUGUUUCUGAAGCCAUGCUGUAAAGUGGACAAAGGGGCGGCAGUGACAGGAGUUUCAGAGACUGAUAGCGGGGACGGCAAUGUUUGACCUCAGGUCACCUCUCACUUUCACAAUGAGAGUCUCACCCAAACAGAAUCGUUUGAGUUUUUUUAGUCAUUGUUUUUGCUUUCAUCUGUAAGGAUUUUAUAGGUAUACAGAGGUUCAGACCUCAACCUGGGGCCCAAUUGUGCUUUUCUGUCUUUUUAAAUGCAUUAAACAGAAAUUGUGCUACAUGGCGUGACUGGGCUGCAUUUUGUGAGAGCCACUGAUGUGAGAUCUCUGUCUUAAAAGGUCAUGGAGCAGCUUGAAUGCCAUCAGGAAAGCUGCUCUGUGGACACCAUUGUAAACUGUUGUAUACUAUGUACAGUUCCUGAAGCAUUUCUUUUAAAUUUGAAGAUAAAUAUGAGAUUUUGAUACUUGUCUGUCUAUUUUUCCCUCUUUUUUUUUUUUUUUUUCGAAAAUUUAAAUGUGACCAUAUAGUGAUAUUUUCUCUUGAUUCUGGGAACAUUUGUUUUUCUUUUCUUUAAUUUCCACUACAUUCAUCAGAAUAGGCUUGGAUAUUAGAACACUACUCUUUCUUUAUGGCAGCAAUCAGAAUAUUUAAAUACAAUGAAGUGCAUAGUUUUUCUUCUUUUUUGUCUGUUUCUCAUGUGGUGUGACAUGGAUAGAGGAGGAAUAUCUGCCUGUAUCUGACAUUUCUUUUACUGGUUUUUAUUUUGUGUAGUCUUGGUGAAUCUUUAUAGAAAAAAAAAGUGCACUGAAAUUGUCUGAAUUGAGUCAAAAUUAUUGUAGGUGGUAUAGGCAGAAAGAUUACAAAAGUUAGAAGCAAACAAAAAAAAAAAUACUACUGUCUGUUAAUGUUAACUGUGUUUUAUACAGUACCUAAAUUUUUGUUCACUUUGAACAUUUUUACUUAACAUUUCAAAACGUAUUGUGCAAAGAGAUGUAAUUUUGAGUACUUGAAAUGCAUUAAUAAAAAUGGUCAAUCGAAA